AUGGACACUCGUCCCUCGAAAAGGCAGCGCACAAUCGUUUGCUCCGACGACGACGACGCUCUGCCAUCGACCUCCACGGCUGCGACUGCUGCCCCCCAUCGCCGAGAGGGCAUCGCAACGGCCGGCUCAAGCUCACUCACCACCAGACCCUCUCGUUCCAAGCUGAAUGCACGCUCUCGAACCAGCAAAGCGGCGCCAUCGAAUCGCCCUUCCACCUCCCCGUCCCCGCAAAAGAAGGCCCCAUCAAAACCGCCACAAUCAUUGCACAGCUUCUUCCAGCCGGCAACAGAGGGCCAGCGAUGGUCCUCACAGAAAUUCGAUGUUAUACGGGGGCCCGAGCCGACCUCGAAGGGGAAAACCGUCGAAGACGAUAUCAUUGAAGACGAUUACGAUUCCUAUGAUGAAAUCUUCACACAGCACCUCGCCGGUGUAAAUGCGGAUCUGGAGAGUACCGCCAAAUCAGCUCGGCAGGGCCAAAAUGAGUCUCGUCAGUCGGAGCCAAAACGCUCGAUCAAAUCACGGAACCCGACGCGACAUACCAAGCGCUUCCUCCUCCCAGAAAGUCCCGCCACUAAAAGUUCCACGACGAGUCUAUCAAUAGAACUUGAUGGACGGCCAUGGGCGCAGCGAUUUGCUCCCUCGAAUCUGGACGAGCUGGCGGUUCACAAGCGCAAGGUCUCUGAUGUGCAAAAGUGGCUGGAAGAUGUAUUUGCGGGGAGACGUCCCCAGAGAUUACUGGUUCUUCGCGGUGUUGCGGGCUGUGGGAAGACCACUACUGUCUCGCUUCUUUCUGCGUCGCUUGGUUUUGAUGUCAUCGAGUGGAAGAAUCCCCCGACCUCUGAUUAUGCAGCCCGGGACUAUGUCUCAGCGAGCGCGCAGUUUGAAGAAUUCCUCACCCGAGGCGACAAGUUUGGCGGACUUGACUUGGAGGGUGCAACGAACGCUGCUCUAGAAGAAGACCGGACAGGCAAUGCUUCUCCCCGGCGGGUUCUUUUAAUAGAAGAGUUUCCAGCAAUGAACCGGUCGUCCACCAGCCUGUCAGCUUUCAGGGCUUCACUACAGCGCUACCUGGCCGCCUCAGCACGACCCCGAUCUAAUAAUGCCCGAGAAAAUGAUGGACUGGCGCAUCCUCCAAUUGUCAUCAUUGUGUCUGAGACAUUGCUAAGCUCUACAUCGUUGAUGACAGAGAACCUGACCGUUCAUCGUCUGCUUGGACCGAAUCUAUAUCAUCACCCCGGCACGACGAUUAUAGAUUUCAACAAGAUCGCACCCACUCUGAUGCAAAAGGCGUUGCAGUCUAUCCUCGAAAAGGAAGCUCGAAGUUCCAAGCGUGCCCAAAUUCCGGGCCCGGCAGUAUUGGAUCGGAUCUCGGAGAUUGGUGAUAUUCGUAGUGCAAUCUCAUCUCUCGAAUUCCUCUGUCUGAAAGGCGACGGGGCUGGGAAAUGGGGAGGCAAUCUGGCAACCAAGAUGAAAAAGUCCACCCGAGGGCAGGUUGCCCUCACUCCGAUGGAACAGGAGUCGUUGAAGACGAUCAGCCAGAGGGAGGCGAGUCUCGGGAUGUUUCACGCCGUUGGUAAGAUUGUAUACAAUAAGCGUGAGGACAAGAGCCUCCUGCAAGAUCCUACAGUCGCUCUGCCGCCACCACCCGCUCAUCUACGUCACUAUCGUCGCGACAAGGUCUCACAGGUGUCGGUCAAUGAGCUGAUUGAUGAGACCGGGACUGACAUUUCGACUUUUAUCAGUGCUCUCCAUGAAAAUUACCCUCCGUCGUGUGAGGGUCAUUCGUUCACCGAUUCUAUGAACGACUGUAUCGAAGCCCUUUCCGACAGUGAUCUCCUCAGCAUUGAUCGUCGCUCUGUGCAGGGUGCACGAGCAGGGGUUGGAACGGGCGCCACCUAUAUCAGCGGAGGCAUCGAUCUACUGCGACAGGACGAAAUCGGUUUCCAGGUGGCUGCCCGGGGCCUUCUUUUUGCUCUUCCGUAUCCUGUGAACCGAAAAUUGGCGCCUGAGAAUGGACGGACCCGACCAGGCGAUGCCCACAAGAUGUUCUACCCGGCCUCGCUGCGCUUAUGGCGUGAAGCCGAGGAGGUCCAGGGCCUGGUGGAUUCCUGGAUGAUGCGAUUUCUUCAUCCAUCUGGCGGGCCGCAUCUCUCUCCAGCCUCGGAUGUCCCUUCUUCGGGUGUCAAGUCGUGGAGCAGCCGAGUUGGCCAAAAUCGGCACUUGGGAUCCGCCAGCGGAGACCGUGCGACGGUGACGACGAUGCUAUCCCGCCAUGAUGCGCUUCUUUAUCAAUUGCCCUACAUGGCGCAGAUCCAGCGGCAGGAGUCGGAGCGCCGGCAGCUGGAGAGAAUCACGACGUUUCGUGCCACCAACCGCGAAAACACUUGGGACGACGGUGCCCUGGACGAUCUGGACGAUCGGUCAUUAUUGCCUGAAAAGCACAGUAGUAGCUCGGUUGAAGCUCCAAUGGCUCCAACGGACGAGGAGGAGAAGCUGAUUCUGAGUGACGAUGACAUUGUUGACUGA